CUCCACGCCGCGGGUAGGGAGUGAGAGAGCCAUAAACGUUAAACCCUGGAGAGAACCGAUUCGGAAUAUAUUUUAUAUUAUAAUUAGAUUAAAACAAGGCAGACAAAUAAACAAGGGAGAUUCCAGUGAAUUAUAGUUUCAUCUAUGAUUAAAUUGUUAAUUAUAUGUGAUCGUGGUACAGUUGUUCGUUUAAGAGCAUGUUUCUGUCAGGAAGUUAUCAGAAGCCGGUAGUGCAGUAGCUAGCUAACGUUUUCGCCGAGGACGGGCGGACCUCUUUGUCUGACAGGGGAAAGGAACUCGUGCUCUUUUGUUUUGCAUUGUCUUUGUUUAGUGAGCUAAAGGGAACUCUGGGACCAGCGUUUCUCUUUAUUGACGUUCUUCCACCAAAAAAUAAAAAGAUGCAAAACGUGAAGAAAUACUUCACAGAGGGACUAAUCCAGUUUACGAUCUUACUCAGUUUGAUCGGAGUUCGCGUGGAUGUCGACAGCUACUGGAACGGCUACUACUCACCGUUAGAGAUUAACGAGGGUCCCAGCUCAGCCUUUAUCCAGACACCGUUUCACAGUUUGAGGGACAAUUGGGACGGGUACAGCGUGCACCCCAAAUGUCCGGAGUUGGACUAUUUCUUCGCCAGCCGGCGGCUUCUGGACGAGGUGAGGGCGCUUGGGUCGCCCGCCCGGUUCCCUACGCAGUUGAGCGCGUGGCUCGUGCACCAAGUACCUGACAGAUCGGAAUUCGGAGAGCCACCGAACAGCACGAGUAGCAGUAAUGUUAACGCGGGGCUGUCGUCAGAGAGCACCGGGGAAGAGACCAGCGACUCUGACCUUCUCGCCGAGGACGAGAGCUGUUCUACUGUUAGCGCUAGGUUGAGAGGCCGGCAGGAGGAGUGCCAGACUGCCACCCAACUAAGCACCGAGCCGGGGCCUUAUCCCAGCACCGGAGCCUGCGAGAUACCCAAACAGGAGGUUGAGUUACUGAAUGGGCAGAUUGAUGGUGAUGAAGCCAGAGAGGAACCGGUUUCCCUGACUCAGCUGGCUCUCAGUUCAGCACUAGAACAAGAGGGUUUGUUCACUAGCGGAGCUUCUCUCACUUGUCCUGAGGACCCCCGUUCCCCUGCCAUCGACAUCCACCAGCACUGGAGCCACUUCCUGUCUCUACCCGUCUCUGAAUUUGACGAUUUAGACCCGCUGGUUCCUCAGCAGCUGUCUGACCUCGACGCCGACAUCUCCAGCGCCAUCAGCCAGGACGUCAGUCUCCGUGACGCCAUGGUAACAGGUUCCACCUACGAUAUGAUCCCACCAAGGGGUGGAGUCAGGACCCUGGUCGCCCGACAACCAAGAGGGCCCCUUUUCCAACUAGAAUCCACAAACUCCUCUGACUCAUCACCAGGGACGACCACGGGGCUGGCUGCACUACCGUUGUCCACGGUGGUCAACGGAAUGAGUAACGGAAUGUUAUCCCAUGGUGCACUAGGUGGCUGUCUGGACGAGGCAGUGUUUGACCAGAUCAACCUACUGGGGCUGGAGGGCUGCCUGGACAAUAUGGAUGCCCAGCUCCUGGGGAAUCUACAGGGCAUCGACCCUCGGGUCCUGGAGGACCUUGACUCAGACUCCGGCCUCUCUCUGGAGAGCAGCUCUCGAGGCCCAACCUCCCCAGGUGCGUCGGAGGUGUCGUCAGCGUCUUCCAGUUCGUUCUGUGAGGAUGAGGGCGGAGCUACGGGCUACAGCAGCGAGGCAGACUCCCUCCCCUCCAAGGGCAUCGCCGACUACGACACAACAUGGUCACCUGUGGACCUCAGUGAGAGUGUGUGGCACGACCACAGCUACUCCACCCCAGCCUUCUCGCACCCAUCAGCCACCACAUUCCCCCACAAAACCAUCAAACAGGAGCCUUUCAGCGACGAAGACGAUGACAGGGAGGAUUACGAAGAUCGAGAGCUUAGCCGCGACGAACUCCGCGCCCGGGAGUUGCACGUCCCGCUCUCGGCAACGGAGAUCGUCAGCAUGCCCGUGGAGGAAUUCCUGGAGCUGCUGGAGGGACGUGGCCUAUCUGCAGCCCAGGUCACCCUCCUGAGGGAUAUCCGGAGGCGAGGGAAGAACAAGCUGGCGGCACAGAACUGCCGCAAGCGCAAGCUGGAUGCCAUCACAGGGCUCCAGGAGGAGGUGGAGAGGCUGCAGGCCCAGAGGAAUCGGCUGCUCAGGGAGAGGCAGCACACGGCCAAGGCUCUGGGAGCUGCAGGCCAGCGCAUGGAGCACCUCUCCAGGGACGUCCUUUCCAGGCUGAGGGACGACUCCGGACGACCCCUGACCCCAGAGAGAUACACCGUGCAGUGUGGGGCCAAUGGGAGGGUCGUGGUGCAGCAGAUCAGGCGGCCUGGUGUUGCCUCGACGACAGCUGGAGGUAAAACGGACAAGAGGAAGAAGGACAAGAAGCCUUGAUGCUGAGACUUGAAGUUUUAAGGAUGUGCUAUUGUUUUCUCUGAACUUAUGGGCCAGAUUCUGGUCAUGUGACUGUGUUUCCGGAUCUUUCUCUUCCUUCUUGUCUGGACUCUCUGACCUUGGGAGCCUAAAAGGACAGAAAUGCAGAAAAAAAUGUAACCCAAAAACGUGCAUGUAAAUACAAAUAUUACGGAAUAUGUGUGAAUGAUGGAGAUUUUUUUUUCUGGAAAAAGAAACGUAGCUCAAACACUGGACUCUAAUGGUUUCUUGCUAUAUAAAUGAAAGGGUUUUAUCAUUUAAAGCAUUUCUUACAAGGAGAAUUGUAAUAUUUCCAACUAAAAUAAAUUAUAGGCUAGUUAAAAAGGGAAUUUCAAUUAUAUAGCUUAAAGGCUUAAUGCAGACUUUUUAUAUCAAAUCAUUUCUGCGUGACAAUGAAGUACCUUACUGUAAUAGUUUUCCAUUAAAAUGCUGGCAAGAAUUUUGCUUGGACUGUCUGGGGGGGGGGGGGGGGGGGCACUGAAAACUAGCUGUUAUUGGCAGAGCGGUUUGGAACUCAAUUUGUUGGUCUAUUAACUAAUUUAACACCUGGUGAUAUCGCCAGGCAAGUUGAAACACCACCCAUGCAAAGCCUGCUGAUGUAGAAGGUCCUGUGUAGAUUUUCAACCAGCAUCUAUGAGAAAAUAACACUGAUCACAUUUUUUCACACUUUUAUAGUGUUGUUUCAUCAGCUGUUUUACAAUAUGAUACACAACACAGGAAAAACAGAAUGUUGACUGCACUGGGCCUUUAACCUCAACUGGAAAUUGAUAGUAGUUUUUUGGCAUCUGAUAAAGAUUUCUAACAUUCUGAAAAGUUCUAAAGACCAAUGUUCCCCCAUACAUCCUAGUUCUGGAGUUUUAAGUUGAAAUUCUUUCAAAACUGAAUCUAACUGGCGACAUGUUAGACAUGUCAUUUGAAAUAUGACAUUUGAGACUUUACAUUUUCAAAAAAAAGUGAUGCAUAGAUGUAGAUAUUGCUUUAUGUAUGAUCACUUUUUAUAUGUUUUUAUUCAAUUUGUAUUUUUUUUAAGCACUGUAUGCAUCCUCUCUCUGAUAUUUUGAAACAGGGCUUUGAGUUUGAUGGUUUUCAUUCUACCUCACAACUACAAUGGAUUUAUAUGGAUGGUUUGGGCUGAUUUUGGGAGAGACCAUUUUUUUUUAUUCCAUGGGGAGAUGAGUGGUUGGGGAACACAAGUGCACUCAAGUCACUGCAAACGCUUCACUGUAGGUCAAGGUUGGUGAUACAACUGACCUUACCCUCCUUAACUUCUUGAAACAAUUCCUUCACCCACUUUUGUGUUCCGAAGUAAAGUGUUCUUGUUGUAUGUGUGUGUAUUAUUUGAGAAAUGCUCACAGAGAUUGAAGAAAAUGUGUACUGAAAGAUAAAACCAGAAAAAAAGUAUACUGUGCAGAGUUGUACAAGAAAGUCGAAGGUAGGCUAUAUAGUACCUACAUCAAGCAAGUGAAAACAUGUGGUCUUUAUUGAAGAUUUUCUUUACGUCUCAGAAGUUAGUUUUGCCUUGGACAAAACCAAUCCGAUUCCCAGGUUGAACAGAUCUUUUCAUUUUCGAAUUGUAUUUUUUAUUUUUAUUUUUUGGCACUUUUAGUUUUGUGUGUUUUCUGAUUGCCAUGUGUGUUCGAGUAAAUGAGGCUGAAUGAAUUAAAAAAAUCCAUAAAUAAAACAUUUUUUUCUUUAUUGUUUUAUAUAUAAACAUGGCUUAGCUCGACUGGGAUUGAUUUGUGUUAAAGCUGUACGAGGCAGGAUGUUAAACUGAGUUAUGUGACUUAAAUCUCCUUUUUCUAAGAGCACUAAUGAUGUUCUUGGUGAUAUGGUUCUUUCCUAAGAAAAAAAAUUAAAUGUUUAACAAAACGAA